ACUCCUGGGUUCUACCCCUGGCUCUGGGAGUGAGGGCUGGUAAUUGGCACAUGCAGUUGUGUUUUACCGUGUAUUUUCCUCUCCCAAAGCUGCACUUGGCCCCCUUUCCAGAUCCGAUGGAGGAGGAGGAAGACGAGAUGGAGGAGCAGUCGGGGAGCUCUCAGUCUGAGGGACCCAGACUGGUGAUCUCCAUGGAUGGGGAUUCAUCACAGUCCCCUUCUCCGCCAAAGUGGAACUCUCCCGUUCCUCUGGAUGGGCAGCCCGAGCUGCAGCAGGAGGAAGAGGAACCAGAGGAGGAGGAGGAAGACCAGGAGUUCCAGGUGCAGACGUUGAGGAUCCCAGCAGAUGGGGACUCACUGGACUCUGCCGCUUUUCCAGAGGAUCUGUCGGAGGAGGAGGAGGGAGAUGAGGAGGAAGAGGAGCUGGUAAUCAGAAGGGUGAAGGCAGAGGAGGAAGAGGACCAAGAGUUUGAGCUGGAAUCAGUGGCGCACCGAGGCUCGCUGCCUGCGGAGGAGCCAGUGGUGGAUUCGGAAGUGCGGGUGGAGCCCAAACUCGAGGGGCAGAAGCUGAGGAUCCCAGUGGAGGGGAAUUCACCCGUCCUGCAACUGACGGCAUCCCCGGGAGGUGGGGGCAGGGCGAGCGCACCGAUGCCGGAGCGCUCCAACACUUGCAUGGAGUGCGGCAAGAGCUUCAGCCGUCGCUCCAAUCUGGUGAAGCACCAGAUCAUCCACACUGGCGAGAAGCCCUUCUCGUGUGGGGAGUGUGGACGCAGCUUCACCCAGAGCUCGGCCCUUACCAAGCACCAGCGCACCCACACCGGGGAACGCCCCUAUGUCUGCGGGGAGUGCGGCAAGGCCUUCACCGCCAGCUCCAACCUGCUGCAGCACCAGCGUUUCCACACUGGGGAGCGCCCCUAUGUCUGCGGCGAGUGCGGCAAGGCUUUCAGCCAGAGCUCCAAUUACAAUCUGCACCGGCGCACGCACACCGGCGUCACCCCCUACCAGUGCGGCGUCUGUGGCAAGCGCUUUACCGGCAGCUCCUGUCUGGCUCGCCACCGGCGCACCCACACCGGCGAAAAGCCCUACCAGUGCUCCGAGUGCGGCAAGCGCUUUUCUGGCAGCUCCACCCUGGUCAACCACCGGCGCACCCACACCGGCGAAAAGCCCUACGGCUGUGCGGAGUGUGGCAAGGCCUUCACCCACCAUUCCAACCUGGUGGACCACUGGCGUGUCCACACUGGCGAGAAGCCCUACAUCUGUGCUGAGUGCGGCAAGAGCUUCCGGCUCAGCUCCCACAUCAUCCGACACCGGCGCACCCACGCCAAUGCCAGCUCUGCCAGUGCCAACGGGGCUGACCGCUUGUACAUCUGCAGCCAGUGUGGCAAGGGCUUCCAGGUCGGACCCAGCCACCUGCAGCAGCAAGCCCACCAGGAAGAGGGACCCUAUAGCUGUACUGAGUGCGGCAAUAGCUGCUGGACGUAGAGGGGCGGAGCCUGUUGCAGGGGCAGGGCUCGGCACGUCUCCCCUGCCACUCCAAGCACUUUGUACACCCACAGGUUGUGGGAUCAGUUCCUGUGGGAGG